UCAAUUGAAGAAAAUGAAGUGUAUUUGCCUAAUGAUGAGCUCUGGAUCUAUGAAAUGGAUAGCGGGUUAUGGACAAUGCACCUAAUGGAAGGAGAGUUACCCACCUCCAUGUCAGGAAGUUGUGGGGCAAGCAUUAAUGGGAAGCUGUACAUCUUUGGUGGAUUUGAUGAUAAAGGAUACAGUAAUCGGCUGUAUUAUGUUAAUUUGCGAACAAAAAAUGGAACCUACAGGUGGAAAAAAAUUGCAAACUUUAAAGGUCAACCUCCUACACCGCGUGACAAGCUUUCCUGCUGGGUGUAUAAGGACAGGCUAAUAUAUUUUGGUGGCUAUGGCUGUAGGAAGCACAAUGAGCUGAGCGAUUGCUUUGAUGUCCAUGAUGCAUUUUGGGAAGGACAGAUAUUCUGGGGAUGGCAUAAUGAUGUUCACGUUUUUGAUACGAAUACACAAACUUGGUCUCAGCCAGCAAUCAGAGGUGGAGAACCACCUCAGCCUCGAGCAGCUCAUACAUGUGCUGUGCUGGGAAAUAAAGGUUACAUCUUUGGAGGACGAGUGCUGCAAACUAGAAUGAAUGAUUUGCACUGCCUGAACUUAGACACUUGGACUUGGUCUGGACGAAUUAGUAUCAGUGGAGAGAAACCAAAAGAUCGAUCAUGGCACACGUUGACUCCUAUAGGAGAUGACAGACUCUUUCUUUUUGGUGGACUGAGUUCUGAUAAUGUUCCUUUAAGUGAUGGUUGGAUUCACAGCAUUUCAACAAAUGGAUGGAAACAACUUACCCACUUGCCUAAGAGUAGGCCUAGACUAUGGCAUACAGCCUGCCUUGGAAAAGAAGGAGAAGUGAUGGUGUUCGGUGGAAGCAAAGAUGACUUGCAUUUUAUGGAUACAGGUCACUGCAGUGAUUUGCUGAUAUUUCAGACUCAGCCUUAUUCACUCCUCAGGUUGUGUCUUGACUGCAUUGGUAAAAAUGCAGUCCUCCUGAAGAAUCAAAUACCAUGUCUGCCAUCCAAACUUCUGCAGCAGGUGCUGAAAAAGAUAACUUUUUGGGCUGCAGUUAACCACCGGCAAGAGAGAAGAGCUGAAACCGAAAGACAGGGGCAACCAAACAGCACAUGAACAAGGGCAACACAACUGUUGAACACUUUGUUUAUUUACAAUGUACAGCAAAGUCUUUUGUUAGCGAAAUUUACUGAUGCUACAGAACAACGUUAUGUUAUGCUGAGUUUCUAAGUCAAGUUUGAGGAAAAAAGAAAUCCUUUUUAUGGAAAUCUCUUUUUGUUUUCUGCAUUAUAGAAAACUGAUAAAACUUAAUUUGUAUAUAUUGUUAACUUCUGCUAUUGUGGUCUUAAUGAGAGAAUCCAUAAAAGUUGUUCUUUUUGUAGGUGGCAGAUGAUAUAAAACGUUUUCUGUUUGGUACAAUAUGGCUCAAGUCUAAAAUC